CAGGAGGAAGUGUACAGCAUGCCGAGUGAUCCCAGAGGAGUGUGUUUAAUCAUAGACUGUGUCGGCACUGAAGGAGAUGAGCUGGAGCAAAUAUUUAAGGCCUUAAACUUUCAUGUGAUCACGCACAAGCUGCUGAGUGCGAGAGACGUGCAGUCCACUCUGAGGGAAGUGGCUCAUCAGCAGGGUCACCAUAGAGCGUCUGCUUUUGUCUGCUGCAUUAUCAGCCGAAGCCGCUCUUCAGAUCUGCUGGCCACUGACUCUCACGGUCCAGGACUGAGCCUGGACACUGUCAGGCGCCUCUUCACCUCAGACUCCUGCCCGGGCCUGGCAGGCAAGCCUAAACUCUUCUUUAUCCAGAGCUAUGAUGUGUCCGAGCCUCAGAGGUGUGCUGGGUGUAUGGGGUGUGAAGAUGAGGAGGGUGGAGAGCUGGAGACAGAUGCGCCUGUGCUCUUAUGCCGCGUGAGGACGGUCCCAGUGGACGCGGACAUCUUCUGGAGUCACUGCUGGACUAAAGGACAACAGCUGGAGGUGCCAAACCAUCAGUCUGUGUAUCUGAAAGCCUUGAGAUCCUCCUUAACGGAGGGACAGAAAAGGUAAGA